AUGUCCAAAUUAUCCCGGGGGAGUCUUGCGGAAAUCAUCAGAGCCAUGCAGUCAUCAAAGGGAUAUUUGACGUUACAUGUAAUCCUGCUAUUAGGCCUGCUGCAGAAAGUUAAUUCCCUCUCGGUGUCUGGGAACACACAGCUCGUGACUGGCCUCCUGCAUCAACCCAUCUACCUGGCAGUGAAGGUGAAUGAUUCAAGCUCGGUGCAAACCAUUAGAUGGAAGAUAGGAGUGCAGGUGAUAGUCGAACACACGUCAUCCUUGUCGGCAGAAGUCUUCCCCAUGUUCAAGGAACGCAUGGCCUACAUCGCGGAAAACAACUCGCUGCUCAUUCACCGACUGAGUCUGCAGGACGAGGGCCAAUACAUCUCGAUAACGUCAUUCGAAUCUGGAGCAGAAGUUGGUUCAUACAUCAACCUGACAGUGCUGGUUCCAGUCUCACAGCCCAGCAUUACAGUGCAGAUCGAAAACGACCCCUAUCCGACUGUGACCAUGAACUGCACAGUGGAGAAUGGCUCCGGCCCCCAAUUCUCCUGGACAAAGGACAACAUCCGUGUGUCAACUGGCCAGCGGAGUUUAAGGAUCGCCAACCUGAACGGCUCAGCCUGCGGAGUUUACACCUGCCUUGUCCAAAACCCUGUCAACAGUGUGGAAAGACAGCAAUGGAUCUCGGACGAACAUUUCCAGGAAUGUUAUCAUCCAUUAUGUCAUGGACCAGGUUGCAUUCUGGGCAGCACCCUGGCAAUACUUUGCGCAGUCGGGUUCCUGGCGGUUAUCUUGGUAGUCCAGUACAAAGGACGACAAAGGGAGGACAAGGCCCCGGACGAACAAGGACAAGCCAACGUGCCUGAUGCAGGGGAGGUACCCCCGAGUGCUCAGUACCACAGCCUGCUUCUCAUCCAUAGCUGUGACAACCAAGAGACAAUUAAUUCCACGUACUGCACCAUCGGAUCCCCACCGUAA